GACAUAUUUCCUCCGUUCCCACUUCGAGGCUCAUAUCUGCGCGUUCGUCUCACGAUGUGGCGAUUUAUUACACUUUUCUGGGAGUGCGUCGAAGAUGACAUUUACAAAGUUGAAUGCGAAAACUCUAAUCACUUCUUAUUGACGAGGAAUCUUGCCAGGGCCAAGUCAUCCACUACUUGCAUUCAGGGUCGGUUCACGUCAUGUUCCUGGGCAGACACAGGAGUUCAUCGCAGGUAGCCAUGAUGAGCUGGACCUUAAGUCAGAGGCUCGCCACUUUGCAAACGUAUAUAAGACCCCUAGAUGCCUUGACAGUGCCCGUUCCUUUUUACAGCAAUCUGUACGCCAAAGACAUUCAUACGCUUUACAUCUACCUUGCGUAGCUGAUAACGAAUGCGUUUUCACAUAGUAAAGUCUCAGGAAUUAUUUCUCCUACUACUGGCGCAUUCUGUCAAAAAAGUCGCUGGACUCGACUGGACGCAGUGUUUGACCAACAUCAAGGCGAAUGCAAAUGCCACCCAGAGUUUAGCUGGUCUCCUCAAUAGUAACGGAGAUCCUGUGUCGAAUGUUGCUGAUGCGACAACGAUAAGCUACUCUCUGUGUACCUCCUCCUGCGAAACCUUGAAGGGGUGGGAAUCCGGAAGUUUUGAUGUGUCUAUAUUUGCACAAGAUUUCAGCUCAUGGCUACUGCCAUACCUUGCGCUGAUCUCGCAGCUCCCCUUUGGAGCACAGUAUAGACUUGAUAAUCUCAUGGCUGCUGUAUUAACCGUCGGGUCACCGGCACUAGCUGGUUACUCUCUGUUCAUCACCCUCCUCAAUUCUCGAUGGAUCAACCGCCAAUUUAGUCGAUCGGUGGACUAUUCAAAUUCACGAUCAGCAGUCUCUAUCAUCAGUAGCCUCCAGCAAUCACCACUAAGACUGCAUCCCGAUCGCGCAUGCUUCGCAUCUCUCGUUGUGCUUCCGGAAAACGACUUAUGGUGGCAAUAUUUCUCUGAAUUAGUGGACUACACUCAUACGUGGUCCAUUGCAUCUGCGACCUCCAUCGCCUGGGUUGUCGUUGCCUAUAUUCUGUCUAUCGUCAACUCACCAUCAGAUUCUUAUGUAAACGCUCAAGCCGGCGCCGAAUCCACCAGUUCAAUGUGGUUGUGGUUGAUUCCAAUAGUCAUGGGAUGGUUGCAACUCUCCCCAAAAUGCGAUUUCAACCGCUUACAAGCAGCUUAUGAUCGUGCCGACCGACACGCGCGCGCAGCAAUGACAGAUAGACUUAUUGUAACACCACCUGCAUUCGCCCAAAGAGCUUUAACAAUAACUGCUCAGGAGGAGGAUGUCAUGUCUCCAGACGAACUCCUCACACCUCCGGUGUUCAAUUACUCGCGUUCGCUGGAAUGGGCUCAUACAGCACAGAAUAUUUUCCUGAUGUACAAAGCGGCAUCAGAGAAGGCCCGAGACCGUAUUCCUGUCGUCGUCGAGAGUGGGUGGGUCGAGUCUGACGAUCUUAAAUCUAUCCACCCUCGCAAUCGAUGUGGGUCCCCUCAGGAAAUUGCCACGUACUGCGUGCAACCCGGCCAUGCUCGGCGAAGCCACUGGGCACCUGGCAUGUUUACAAGAAUGGUUAUCGCGUCAUGUGCUUCGCUUGCAUUGCAAUGUGGAACAAUCGGAGGAGCCUUUAUGACCGAGUGGUUUAUUCCAACAAUAGGCUUGGGGUGUCGAUCUCUGAGUUACCUCAUUUACGGAGCCCUAUCGAUUGUCAUUUGGAUGAUGCUCCUGACAUCCAGUAUUCUCGCUCACUAUUCUGCAGCUUAUUCUUGUCGAGCAUCGCUGUCUGCACGUGUUGCUCUGGCGUUCUCACACUUGCUGCGAAGGAUGGGAAAACUGUUGGCCAUUGCAAAUUCCCUCUGGGUGGUCUUGACGUGUAUUUUCGCGUAUUCCGACUUCUACGAUACAUGCUUCUGCAAUUCCAAUAUCAUCAGGGGAAAUGUCGAUGCAUACGUUACUAUCAUUGAAACUACAACCCAGGCUACACUGGCCAAGGCGGCCUGGAUCGGCGGCCUCUUCCUAGCGUGUACUUCGGCGUCGGCUUUCGUCGCCCUAGUGAGUCUUUUAUUGGAUACUCUCUCGACAUAACCCUUGUCGCGAGUAAACAUAUUGUGCAGUUAUUCUGACUACUAUGUACUUGGAAGAUAUCCAGCU